AAACUCGGAGGCGUGGCUAUCAGGGAGCAGUGUGGUACGUGCCGACAGCCAGCGUCACUGUGGUGGACUGUAACAAGAACUCCAGCCCGCUGCCAGGCACGUCCCCGGACCGACGGGAUCCAUUGGAGAGCUAGGACCAACCCAGUUCGGUUCUGAGAGGAGAGUCCGGACGCUGCAGCUGCAUUCGUGUCCGACUGUGUUUCAUUUGACUGGAAGUGAAAGACGGAAGAGGACGGAGGAGCCUGUCAAGAUAAUACGAGGAAAAGGUGAGCCCUAAGGUUGUUUUAUUGAAAGCAUUAUCGUACAUUCAACAGUAGGUGGAGAAGUGAAGUUAAUGCUUUAGAGAGUGCUGUAACAAUAGAGCCUUCAGCCUUUGUUCCUGCUGCUGCUGCAUGGUGUUGCAUGGGCGCACACUGCACAGCAAAGCAGAAGUAAAGGAACUUAAUGUCUCAUCAUGCAUGCCCCUGAACCAGCCAGCUGUUAUUUUUCUAGACAUCUGCAAACACACUCAGACCUUAGUUGCUGGGUUGCUUUUACAUGCCAACUCUCAUCACUGUAAUUCUGUAUCUAUAUUAUUUUCCAGUGCAUUUGUAAAUAGAGUAAAAUUUUAUGCAUAUAAUGUAGAUUCUUUGGCACAAACACUCCUAAUCCUACCUAGAAAGCUCCUCUCAUGGAUUUAACACCCAUGCAGCCAUCAUGCAGGGUUGUUUUGAUCACGUACAAAGCCACAGCACAUCCCUGUCCUUAUUUGACUGCACGCCUCCUCCUUCUUCUUGUCAGUAUUUUUGCAGGAAUCAUGGAGGACGAACUGAUGUUCAGCAUGGAGGAGGAGGAUGGAAGCGCAAAGAGACCCCCUGUCCAACGCAGCUCCCCUCAUCAGCGGGCGUCCUCCGUCAGCGACGCCAACACCAGUGAUGAUGAUGACGACGAGGACCAAUUCAUCUGCCCCAUCCUGGACGACUCCGCCAGGGAGAUCUGCGGCUACCUGAAGAGUCUUGUUUACACCCGGCAGCUGUCAAACUCACUCCCAAAGACCAACUUUGUUUACAGGGUGAGCUUUUGCACAACACUGGCAUGAUAUUAUCCAUAAAAGGAAGCAAAUAUUCAAAACAGAGUACUGUAGAAGUGUGAAGUCAUGCUUGAAAACACUCAGCAAUGUAAGUCUGCGAUCUGAAAACAACUCUUUUCCGUAUAAGGAGAGAUGAACUCACACAGACCAAUAUUUGACAUGGGUGAUACUGAAGUAGUAAACUGGUCAGCAACCUCUUGGCUGCACUUUCUCUAAAGAACAGGAAGUCCUGCAGUUUGGUUUUCACCACAUGUGAUUAUGCUGCAUGUAAACACGUCCCUCCCUGCUCUCUCACAGCUCAGACAAAAAAAGAGGCUGAAUUCAAUACUUUGCACUCUUGUGAGAGCAGCUGCGCACCAGCCAACUGCAGGAAUAAAAGCUCUCUUUGUUUGUGAGGAUUGUAUGUGGGUGUUUGUUUUCUAAAAAUCUUGUUUAAUGAUGAAAAGUCCGUUUUCUUCACCUUUUUUUCACAUAGAAUGAAACAGGAACAGAGACAGAGGCAGAACCUCGAACGUACAAGGUUUUGUCCCAGAGUGCACGGGUAUGUUACAGAUCAUAUUUUAUCUUCUCUCCCUCCCUCUCCACCCGUGACCGUUUCUGCCUCACUGUUUCACUCCAACUUAUAAUUUACUGUCCUUUCCCUUCGCUGUUUUGCUGCUUUUCUCUUCUCCCAUAACUCCUUUGCGUCCUCACCAGUGCAUCCACCUUUCUCUCUGACAUUCAACCUCUAAUAAGUUCAAUCGGUUUACACUAACUUUCUUACACUAAGCUGAAAAAAGAGAAACAUGCAGCUCUUAUCACCCCCCAGGUUCAUGCCGUUUUUCCAUUAGCACCACACUGAGCUUUAUGACUCUAAAUCUGAAACUAGACUCGUCUGACCUGCCUGUCGAAUUUCUGCCAGCAUGGAGAAGUUUAAGACUCCUGCAGAUGUAAGACGCUCCUCCUUGCGGACGGUCCGCCACGUCACAUGACGCUUCGUAUUUCUCUUCAUGUGAAUCCUCCCCUUAAAUAGAAACAUGUCUAAAAUGCCUCCUCGACAGUGAACAUUGGCGUACGAGGGGGGACACAGGUCAGGGUUUUGGGUAACUGGAGCUGUUUUACAUUACCAGGGGACAUGUGAUUCACGGUUUCUAUGUGGGAUGUUAUCUUCUGUAAGUGGCACUGCUGCAGAUAACUGUCACUGCUAAGAGCUUUUCUGAUUGGUAAUGCAUUUUUAAAGGUCAUCUGAGGAUAUCUUAAAGGUACAGUGUGUGAUUUUAGCAGAACAGACUUUGCAGAAUCAUAAAUAUGUUAAAAUGAGUCUUUAAUCACCUGAAUAUGAAAAUAGUUUUCUUUUUAUUUACUUUGAAUUAGUCUUUUACAUAGUAGUCUACAUCAGGGGUGUCAAACUCAACCACAGCAAGGACCAUAAUCUGGAUUACAGUCUAAUCUGGGGGCCAAACAGGGUCAACAUUUCCCCAAAACUGUCAACCUCCUUUUCAAAAUAAAUCUAACAAAAACAGCAGUGAUUAUAAAUCAUUUGGAAAUUCAAAUAUGAUCAAAAGAUAGAACAUUUUUAAUCUUUAUUCUAUUUUUAUUUAUUAGUUUGACAGAUCAGAGCGUGAUAUUAAAAAUAGAAAAAUAAUGCUUUUAAAGAGCAAAUACAUGAGAAGAAAGUUGAAAUCAGGUUUAAAAGGUCAAAAUAUGACUUAAAAUUAAAAAUUGGUAUCUAAAGUAUAAAAAUGAAACAAGUCUAAAUACUGAGUUGAACAAAUUAAAGCAUCAAAUUAAAAAAUCAAUCAUAUUUGGCUUGUAAUCUUGAGAUGUAAAGUUGAAAACAUGAAAUAAAACACCAAAUAAUUUCCCCUAAAUUCUUGACUAUUUAUCAAAUCUUUCUUACUCUUUAAUCCCGGAUUUUCGUGGUUUAUUAAGGACAUUUUAAAUAAAGGUGCUAAAGUUUACAUUAUUAUCCUGGAGGAAAUCAGCAGACUUCAUAUUGGUGGGCCAAUAAUAACACAAAUAUGAUAUGAUCUUGUGAACCAGAUAUAAGUGUUCCAUGGACCAGAUUUGGUCCCCGGGCCUUGAGUUUGACACCUGUGGUCUACAUAAUAGUGGGGGGCAGAGGCACCCCCGAAACUCCUACAGGAGAACAGAAUAAAUGAACUAGUGAAAGUCAAGAUAUUGUGUUCAAAAUAACUCAUUUUGAUAAACAUUUGUGGUCAUAAAAACUCGGCAGAACUUAUCUUGCGUCGCCAAAGCUUCUUGUCCUCUAAGGCUACCGUCACUUCUUUAAUAAUCGAGAGCGUUUCAGUCACAGAUCAAUAUUUAAAUCAUUGGAAAUCAUGGAUGUCGAACUGUAAAAAUAAUCAAGUCUCUUGAAGCGACCGUUCAUUCAAGGUUUCCAUAUUUUCUUUUGACAUAUUCUCCUCCUUCUUUGCACAUUUCCUGACAAAUUAGUGUUUUUCCCUCCUCCCCUCUUUAACUUUCAUCCCUCCUGAUGUGCAUGCUGAUCAAACAAACUAAACAAGCAUCUUUGUAGAGCAGGCUUAGGUCUGCUGGGUGUGUACCUGAGCUUUGUUGUAACACGAUCUGCUUUAAUGAGAUCCUGAUUAGAGAAAUAAUCAGGCAUAAUGAAGAGACGAGGCUUUGGGCAUAAAUGAAAUCAGAAAGUGUCUCAAAUUUUCACUAAGAAGUUUCACAUUCUCCUCCUUCACUGUGCUCUAGGUUACCUUCCCUUUUUUCAUUUUUCACGUACCGUCGGCUAAUUUGUCGUGUUUCUUCAUCACGACAGGAUAUGUGGAAAAGGGCCAUCGCAAAGGCCAAAGCCAUGCCCGACCCCUGGGCUCAGUUUCACCUGGAGGACAUCAAGAGUGAACCCUGCACACGCUACAGGUCAGAACGAGUGUGUGACUGCGAACCAGCUGCUGUGAUCCUCCCUUUUUUACACCCGUCACCUGACAGAUAUUUAUAAUGAGUUUUAUUAAGCAACUCAAAUCCUCAAACUCUGAAACCGGCUCAGCUAAUUGUUAUGCAGCCAAGUUAGUGUUAUUGUUCACACCUCAGCUCCUCUUGCUGUGACGGGUCGACUUGUUCUCCUGAUGGUGAUGUUUUUAUUGCCACGUGAGGCUGUAAUUUCAAAGUACACAGGCACAGAAGUUAAACAAGAACCAUAGAUUUCCACAUUUUCCUGGUUUAUGACGUCUGAAAACUUGAGAUUUUGAGGCUUUUUUAUCAGGUUACAGUUAUUAAAUAAUAUUUUUAUGAGUGUCCCCCAGUGACAGAUGUGCUUUAUAGGAUACGAGCUUACAUCACUGAAGCGAUCUGUUUCACGGCUCGCUCAUAUCUCGGUCAGUGGAGCUAAUCUUAAAUGUUGACAAACAGAAAUGCCCCUUCACAGACACCUUUUGGCUCGUCCGCUCCUUCUUUUUUUAUCUCGUAAUGCAGGAGAGGAGCUUGAAUGUUGUUGACCCAGAUAUAACAGCCAACCCUGCAGACACACACACACACACACAGACAGACACACACACACACAGACUCCUGAGAGGGCUCUCAGAGGUGGAAAGAGUUAUAUGAGGGGAGCAACAUAACAGUGAGGGCGUGGGCAAGAAUCAGGAAGAACAAGAACGCCUCUGCCCGUGUGUGCUUGUCUGUGUGUGUGUGUUUGUGUGUCUGUGUGUGUCUGUGUAUGGGGGGGAUCUGUUACAUAACACACCGGUCUAUCUCUUUAGAGGAAAGAAGGAUCGUCAGGAGUGGGGUUUGACCUCGUGUUCCUUUUUUCAUGCGCUAAUUUUACCCCCCUGUAACCUCACUCCUCCACACGUAGUAUGAACUUGAUAGAAAGUCCUGGUACACGGUGUCCCCGGCCUGUUUGUUGGCAGACACCACAACUAUUAGGAUUUGGAAAAGGAUUUAGAAUACUGAAGCUUUAGAGAGCUGUGUAAACGUUCAGCCGCACCUUCACUUCAUGUAGUAUUGAUUAAACCAGGACAAACACGCCCUGCAAAGCCAAACAGACACGCUGACCCUGACGAAUACACAGUUGCAUCACCAUAUCGACAGUGUGAGUUCUUCUAUACUUCUACUUUUACCCCUCGUAGUCCUAGAGUCCCAAAGGAAACGGGCGUGGACUUAAAGGACCUCAACCUCUCCCAUUCAUUCUUCUCUUCUCGCUGCUUUUCCUCCGAGAGGAAGCAACAGGCUUUUUGUGCCUCCGUGAUAAGAAUUAAAACAGGCUGUUGGCAGACAAACCGCCUCACUCAGCCUCACAGAGCCUCGCUGAGGGCCAAGAGGCUAAAACUGUUUAAAUAACCGAACUUAAGUUUGAUCUGGUAUGAGAUAGAUAGUCAGAGCAGACAGCUGACCGUUGUGGAGGGCCCAGUGGGAGUGAUUUGUAAUGUAACAGGUGGAAAGUGAAGACAUGUGACAUUUUCAUCUCACACUGCAGGGUCACAGGGUCCGAUCCGUGACGUAAGACAAAAACCACUAAUGGAAAAUCUCACAGCCGCUCAGUUUUAGUGGGAGAAUCAGCUCCUAAAAAGUGGUCGUCUCUCAGUCUCUGAGUAUCUUUUCUCGAGUGAGUGGAAAGUUUAAAAGUAGUGAAAUAAGACAACUUCAGAUCACUCAUGUUUGUGUCCAAGUUUUCAAAGAUAAUAAACAAUCUUAAAAUGUUAAAAUUUAACUGUUAGUCACGAUUAACUUUAGCGUAAUUACGGUGUGCUGAAAGGGACAAAAUAGUUGGUUAAGACUGUCAGCCUCACAUAAUGUCACCAAAAUAAGCUUUUGUUUCGUCAAGAGGAUAAUUAAGCAAGGAUGUUCGUUACAAGAGUGAAUAUGUAAAUUAAUCUCUUUAAAGAUUCAAUAUUUGGAUUUUUCUUGCCUUCACUAAGUACAAGUGGACGACAAAUAUCAGUAUUUGGACUGCAGAUACCAACACCGAUAUUGAGAGAACAUGCAGGCUGACAGCUGAUAUAUAGCUUUACAAUUUUAAGUAUAUAUAGUUUUAAAUAAGACGCAAAGUUACCGAUCUUGAAUGAUAAUUUAUCAGAGAAGAGGAGAUGAGAAAAAUAUGAGGUUCAGUGAAGUAACGACUUCUGGAUUAAAAAAAGGUAAAUAGUUGGGUAAAAACAUUAAAUCUUUUAUAUAUUUAAUUGUCUUAAACAGUAAGAUGUUUUUAAGAAGAGGCUCAAGACUCUCUUUUUUAACCAGGCUUUUCACUAAUUACCAUUUUAUAUUUCUCUUAUUGCAAAUAUUCAUUUUAAUCAAAGUUCUUAAUGAUUAUUUAAUGUCAUUUUAUUAAUUAUUAUCUCGUCAAAGGUUUUUACUUCUUUUACCCCUUUGUUAUACGGUAAAGAGCUUUUACUUAUCUGUUUCAUAUGAUUUUCUUGUUUUAGUCCAUCAGGUUUUACUGUUUUUACCAUUUUUAUUUUUAUCUCCAUUGUUUCCCAAAGGUCGCAUAAUGUCUCGGUGUCAGGCCAUGUCUCUUUGACAAUAUAGCUUAAAUUCUCACACUGUGUGCGGUUGUGUGUGUGUGUAUGUGUGGGAGAGUGAGGGUGGGUGUGUGUCUUUGUGUGAAGUUCGGGUUUUAUUGUUGUUAAUUGUUGUUUUUAGCCUCUGUGAGGAACUUUGAACUGCAUAUUUUGUCUGAAAAGUGCCAUAAAAAUAAAAUGCCAAAAGUUGAAUUUGAAUUUGAAUAUAGAUGGAUCUCUAAUUCAUGAUAAAAAAAGACAAACUCUGUGUUAUCCUGUAGAUUUUAUAACACAAUAUCUUCUGUAUGAACCUCCAUCUUGUAUUUGUGUGAUUCGCAGGUACAACGCCGUCAGAGGAGAGUGGGCUCAAGACCAGGUCCACAUCAAGAUGGGCGCCCAGGUACGGAGUCUAGAAAAACUCCCAUCUUUGCUGAUAUUUCUGAAACAUUCACCACUUCGAGUUUCUUCUCUCUGAUCUGAUCGAUUUCCUCUUCCUGGUUUCUCACAGCCGUUUGGGAAAGGGGCCAUGAGGGAGUGCUACAGAACGUAAGUAGUCAUGCUCGUCGUCCCUCGUGUUCUGGUAGCGGAGUCCUUCGAGGUUCUCAAGUGUAAACAAAGCAGAGGGGUCUGCCCCUCAAAGACUUGAAAAGAUGCCGGAUCGAAAAUUCCUCAAAUCUCUUUCUCUGACGUGGGAGGGUGCCGCUGUCAAACUCACGCCAAAGAUGGUGCGGAGUGUUUCCCAACUCCGUCAGAUCUUCCAUGAUUGCGCUGGAGUCUAUUUUUAACUUUACUAUUCCUUGGAAAUAAACUAAAAUUAAACACGCGGUGCUUUAAAAGCUCUGCUGUGUUUUUGUCUGAGAGUGCGGGAUGAGAGAGAAAAGAGGAUAAUGGUGUUAUUGUCGAUGUUUAAUCCUCAGUUAUGUGGGAAAUGUGAAAGAGAGGCAUCUCAGCUGUGUGCCGUUUGCAGAAAACACCCACACCGAUCGAAGCCAGAGCACAAAAAUAAACCGAUCAACUUAGCUCCUGUGAAAUAAAGCCUCUACAUCUGAACAAUGGCGGAUUGUCCCUUUAAAUGAUGUUGAUUUUUUUGUUGAUACAUUUUUCACGGUGCAGGUUUUCUCGCUCUUAUUUCCUCUCCCUCCAGGAAGAAGUUGUCUAAUUUCUCUCACAGCAGUAACUGGAAGUCGGCCUCCAACUAUGUGACCAAGCGUUACAUGGAGACGGUGGACAGAAAUGUUUACUUUGAGGACGUCAGGCUGCAAAUGGAGGCCAAGCUGUGGGGAGAGGAAUACAACCGUCACCGGCCUCCCAAACAGGUACACACACAAACACACAGUCCUGUUUUUCUUUAAAUGUAGGCACCCAUAUUAGUGUAACAUGUUCGUGUUCACAGACUGGGUCCUGGAGGUGAUUUUAACCCAAUGCAGUGAUUUCCACGACAGUCAUGUCUAUUUUUGAGCGUCUGAAGAUCAGAGUCUUCCAGUUUUGGUUUUCAGCCCUCAAGUUUCAGAAACUUUUAAUGCUAUAAGAAGUAGAAGAUGAAAAUUGAAUCAUUUUCUCACGCAGUCUCUCACAGAAUGGUAAAAAACUUCCCAUCUUUACUUCUAAGAGACUUCGCCUCUCUGGAAAACCCUUUUUACACCCAAUCAUGUGACUGACCUGUUGCAAAUUAACUUAAUUAAAUUAGCUGAAAGAUGUUCCUCCAGGUGCCACCUUACUUUUUAGUGUUUUCUUCAUCCUUUCACGAGUUUUUGAGAAGUUUCUGGCACCAGAUUGGAGCAUAUACAAGUCUAUUUUUUUCAUUAGAAAAUAAAAGGUUUUAGUUUUAACUUCUAACUUUUUGCUCUACUCUUGGUUAAAUAUGGAGUUUGAAUGAUUUGCAAACCAUUAUAUCAUUCCUUUUGAAUGUUGUUUGUGUUCAUUUUAAUCCUUCAAGGGUUUCUGCUGGGUCUUAAAAAGUUUUAAAAAGUCUUAAAACGUCUAAAAAUUUGAAUUCAAGGCCUUUAAAUGUCUAAAAUUCUCUUAAAACCUCAUAAAAUGACUUAAAAACAAUUUGGAAAGUUCUUAAAAAUGUAUUGUUCCUUGCAAAUAAAGAUUGAUUUAAAGUUAAUUUAAAAUUUUCUGAUUUCCCUUCAUGUCUUUUGUCUUUUUUACUCCAUUGCAUUCAUUAAAGUCUUAAAAAGUCUUAAGUAUAACUUAUUGAAACCUGCAGAAACCCUGUCCUUCUUCUACUUCUGUAUUUUUCCCUUUUUGUUUAUUUUAGUCAUUACUGUGAGCUUUUCCGUCUGUCAGCACUUGUUCAGCUUACUCUUUAAUUAAACAGCACUAUGUGACAGAGGAGCAGCUAAUCCUUUUUGCUUUAGCAUGUAAAACUAUUUAAAAACUGCCCAAACUCUGAUAUGCCUUCAGACGUUUUUCUGUGGAGUGAUUUAAAGAGUCCUCAUUUAGAUCCACAUGUGGCUUGGACCUGGAUCAAACUGCUCAGCAGUGCAGUCCAAGUUCAUAAGAGGACAGAAAAGACGCUCUGAAGAGGAAUGGAGAAGUUCCUCGCACACAACAGCUGCUGUUGUGACAGCUGCCUGAUUGUUUGUUUGUGUCCUUCAGGUGGACAUCAUGCAGAUGUGUGUUAUAGAGAUGACAGAAAGACCGGGUAAACCUCUCUUCCACCUGGAGCAUUACAUCGAGGGAAAAUACAUCAAGUACAACUCCAACUCCGGCUUUGUGAGGGACGACAACAUCCGGCUCACUCCACAGGUGAGAGAUGUUUCUCCUUCGAUAAUCAAAGACCUUCAGAUGAUCAUCACUUUAAUCACUUCAUUAACGCUCAGUGUUUUUCUCACGUGUCCGUCAGGCUUUCAGUCACUUCAGUUUUGAGCGAUCCGGACACCAGCUGAUCGUCGUGGACAUCCAAGGAGUGGGAGACCUCUACACUGACCCUCAGAUCCACACGGAGCAGGGCACUGACUUUGGAGAUGGAAAUCUAGGUACGGUGUGCCCUGACACUCUGCAGAGAGCACAACAGGGUGACGUUCAGCCAGAGGUUAUCCACUAAACUUCAACUCCAUCCCGCCUGUGUUCCAGGUGUGCGAGGCAUGGCUCUCUUCUUCCACUCCCACCUGUGUAACAAGAUCUGCAAGAGUAUGGGCCUGACGCCCUUUGACCUUUCACCUGCGGAGAAGUCCCAGCUGGACUCCACCAACAAACUGCUUGUAAACACAACGUUUUAAUAAAAGCAGAUCAUCUAGAGCAGCUAAUUCAAGUAAAAACGAGUUUAUGAGGUUAUUUCAAAGACACAAACUUGAGACUUAAGGAAUAAAUUUGUAGAAAAGAUCUAAAUUGAAAUGUUAAAACUGCUUGAAAAUAGCAAAACAAAGCUCAAAGAUAAGAAUGGGACGUUUAAUUAAAAAAUGAUCCCGUCAGAUAAUUCCAGAUUUGUGUUUUAUGUCCUGGAAGAUUAAAGUUAUUAUGAGUAUGCAGCAGAAAAACUGUAGAGAGGAUCACAUGUCAGAUUAUCCUGUCAAGAUGACUUUAGAUAUAUCUUCACCGCUCGCUUUGAUAUCCACUUUUGUUCUUUCCUGAGGAGAAAAUCUCUGUGUUUGAUUCCAGAGGUCGGCUCAGACGGUGCUGCGAGGCUGCGAGGAGCCCUGCGGUUCUCCUCGUAUCCGCACCAUGUCAGUAGGCCGAGCUCCUCCCCUGCUGUCCCGCCUGUCCGAGACGUCAUCCGCAGACGAGAGCAUGAGCGAGACGGACUCGAUGCCCUGCUCACCCUUCAUCCUGCCCUACUCCCCUCAGGCUGGACCAGGAUCUGUGGGCAAGUCCCCCAUCGGUACAUACACCAAGAAAUUAUUACAAACUGCACAUGUCGAUUUUGUGUUUUUCAAAUGUUUGAACGUGUUGGUUUGUAUUUUUUCAGGUUUAUCUUUUCCUGGGAUGUACGAAAAUGACAGACUGAACAGCAACAACAACACAGCUGAACACAAUGUGAGUGAUCGCUCAAGAAAAGGUACAAAGAUGGAUCAGAAAGGGAUUUCAUUUUUGACUAUGUGGUCAGUGUUGAGUUAAAAAAACAACACCUUAGAAAUCAGACAAAAUUGAGCAUAAUGUUGCUAAAACGACCAAAUAUGGUCCCUUGAGUCUGUGGAUAAGUGGUGUCGCAAUCAGAUUAAUCAGCUUUUCUUCAGAAUCCUGUUUCCACAUCGCUCCAGAAACUCGAGGCUUGACCGUGACAAAACUGAUCCUCUCUCUCUCUCUAAAUAUCUGAAUUUUUUUUUACAGACUUUUAUGUGAACCAAGUUUAGUUGCUGUUACUUCUUCUACAUAUUCAUGAAUACAUGAGCGUAUUUAUCUAGAUAUGAUGUUAGAAAGCACGAGCACAAGUCUAAGAAAGCUGACUCCUGCACCAGACUGAACCUGCUUUUCCUGAAAUAGUUUAUUGACGUUGGCAAAGAGUCUUAGCAACUGCAGUUUGGUUUGUUACCAGAUAUGAUAUCAGCCCCUAAAAUAAGCUGCUUGACACUAAUUCUCAGUAUAAAUUUGAUAGUUGAAACUAGGCCUGCACGAUAUAUCGUUUGACUAUCGUCAUCGCGAUGUACGUGUGUGCGAUAGUCACAUCGCAGAGCCUGUGAUAUUGGAGGUGAAUGAACUCAUUUAAUUUCAAGGGUAACCGACUGAGAUACACUCCAUGUGACUCUGCAUGUGCUGUGCAGCGAUCCACCAAUCGCCUUCGUCCUUAACUCAGUUGCCAAUCAGACUCACUUCUCAGUUGCCAAUCAGACUACCCUGCCAGCUGUCAAUCAAAAUCAGGGAGGAGAAAACCCACCCCUGCACAUGUUCUGCACAUGGAGGGAGACGUGUGUCCGCUGAGAAUUACUUUCGGAACUUUACUGACUGUUUAGCCCAACAAAUAAGAAUUGUAUGGGUUUUAAAUUGUACAUUUCCGUGGACCACUCUACUAUAAGCAGUGCGCGUUUUGCGAGGUGCAUGCAAUUCUCGGAGGACAUGCGUUUCUCGGCACAACACCGCUAACAACAACAACAACGAUCGCAAAAUGAACAACGAACAAGCGAAAACCACCGAAAAUGAAGAUUUGUUGCCAAAAAGAAAAGGAAAGUCAGUUAUCUGGAAUUAUUUCGGUUAAAAGAAGGAUGAUGUCGACCAAAACACGUCUUCUGUGUUCACCUGUUGCCACAAUAACGUCCCAGCACAAUAAAAGCUAAAAAUAUCGCUGAGACAGACAGAAGCCGUUCUACUAACAUUCACAAAAAGAGGUAAGAUCAGAGCAGAUUAACUGUCCUCAAGAUUUUAGCAGUGCAGCAUAACAUUAAGUGCUAUUCAGGUCAUCUGGUGAAAAUACUGUAUUUUUAAUACCAGAUAUGAUAUCAGCCCCUAAAAUAAGCUGCUCUACACUAAUUUUCAGUAUAAAUUUGAUAGUUUAAACUCAGACAGAGAAAGUGCAGUGUUAAAUCCUGCACAUUGACUUGUAGUCCAAAUGACACACUUGUUGAUUUAAUGCAGUUUCUGUAACAGCACAUCAUAUAAAGCAUAGAUUCAUGUGUUUAAUACGUUUUGCACUAUGAUGUCUUAGAGAUAAAGUAAUAUUGCUUUUUUUUUAAGUUGCAUUAAAGGGAUAUAAAAUUAAUUUAGGGUCAAACACACCAUAACACUGAGUGAGACGCCCCUUCGAAAGAUAAAUGUUGCCGACCGCUUGCUUCUCUAGUUAUACCAACUGUAGUAACGACCGCAUGAUAGCAAUACACAGCAGUCUGAGGAGCCAUAAACUAACAUGAACCAAAAUGCCACAAAUAAUGCUCAGAACAGCACCUAACUUCAUCAACAGGACAUAUAGGGUCCCAGCCAUAGAGCUAGCCACCAAACAUCUUUUUAACUUUGACUAAUUUCUUUUAAUUUGUGAGGGAGCCCUGACGAGUUGAUCAUCAAGUGCAGCGGAGUUUCGCAGCUCAAGGAAGAACAUUUAUGAUAAUUUCUUCAUGGAAAUGCAAUCAGACCAGGAUGCAGUGCAAAAUGACAAAUAUGAUGAUUAUUACUUCAAGGAAAUGAUAAAGAAAUGAUCAUAAAUGUUCUUCUUGGUAUAGUUGGUAUAACUAGAGAAGCAAGCGGUCGGCAACAUUCAUCUCUCGUUGGGGUGUCUAACUUGGUGUUAUGGUGUGUUUGACCCUAAAUUAAUUUUACGCCGGAAUAUCCCUUUAAGUGAAGUUAUAGCAAUACUAACAGUGAUAUUAUAUUGAGAAUAACUAUUUGUGAUAUAAUCUGAGAUAGAAGUCGACCCUGAUGGAGCGUCAUUUUCCUGUUUAGUUGUUCUUCUGAAUUAUUUCGUAACUUCCUCGGUUGUGUAACUUGGUGUUAAAUAAAUAUAAAGUCACAUUAUCACGAUGUGUGACGCAACAAGGUCAAGUUUGAAUGAUGAAGAGCUGCUCCAGCGCGCCGCCAUGUGCACACAGCUCCCGGUUCAGCGGUCGUGUUUAUACCGUGUUUGUUUUAUUUUUGGUCUCUAGGAAUCUGAGAGCGGAGGAGACAGCGGCUACCCCAGCGAGAGGAGGAGCGAGGGCGACCCCAGUGACCACGUGGACGGGGUAAAGAUUCCCUUCUGACCUUUAUCUGAUGAGAUUUUGAACCCAAUUAUUUAGGACUUCUCUCUCCAAGAUAAACACAAACAUCCAUUAUUUAUACUGCAGAUUAACUAUAAAUUUACAGUGUUUAUUUUAGUUUUCUGUCAUUUUAAAGAUUUCAGGCGUAUUUUGGUUCUUAAUACUUUAAAGAUAUUUUCAGCUCUGUAGUGUUAGACUUCUCGUGUUCCUGUCUCUAGUUCCCUCCCCUGUUUGCGUCAGUAGCUGUUAGUCUGUUAACGUUUCUUCUCCUACACAUGAAGUUUGACUGUUUUCAUGCCGCAUGUUGUAUCACCACGUAGGCUCAUCAUCGCCCUCACAGACAUUAUUCUGAGUCGGAUGACGACAGUGUCAGACGGGUAAACAAACGCAGCGAUAUCAGUGUGCAAACUUCAUCCUCUCCUCAGUCAUAAUCAUCAACCCUGUCAGAAAAUAAUCCUCUGAUUCUCCUCACUGUUUCCUCCCUUUACUUUGUUUUUUUCCCCUUUUCUGUUUAACAAUAAAACCCUUUCCUCACUCUUCCUCCUGCUCUUUGUGUUCCCCUCCUUAGAGGAAGAUGGUAGCUCCUCCCAGAGUCUCUGCAUCUUUUAACUCAUAUGCAGACCACGAAUGGGUGAUUAUUUGCAUGGAGUCGUUCAGCCCGUGCUUUGCUCUGCAGCCUUUUUUUAGUUAGAGAGCGUAGUAAAGCAUGAGGUCUGAGGCUGAAAAUGAAACAAAUGCUUACACCAGCUGCAACUUUUCCACACCCGGUCGACCUUUAUAAAAGAAAAGAUGAGAGUUUGACUGAAAAACCAUCUACCUCUCUUCAUUGACUUCAUCUCUUCGUAAAAGUGUGUUUGUGCUGCUUCCAUGCUUCACGCAACAGGGGUGUACUCCUCCACACACAGUUGAUUUAUCCAAUGAAACUAUUCUGGAGGAGUGCGCCCCUGAGAGUGGAAUUUCCUGAUUUCUCGACUGAAUUUUCCCUUUUUUUCGCUGAAGAUCAGACGACAUCCCUCUCACUGAUUCUCUUUUUUCUCUCAGCUGACGGAGGAGAAGUGGAGCUUCUACCACUCGUCUCGCGCUCACGUCCACAGACCUUCCUGUGUGGCCACGGAGGUGGAGCGGCUCAACGCUCUGCUGCAGAAGAAGAUCGGACAGUCGAUCCUCGGCAAGGUAAAAAAUCCGACCGGACAGUUGCUUCUUUUGAGUCAAAUUUAAAAACUCACUUUUACAGACUCGAUUUUAUGUGAUGCCGUCUUUUCUCUUUCUUCUUUUUUCUCUUUUACCUCUUUCUUAUUUCAACUUACUGUGUUUUUAGCUUUUGAUUUUCUUAUAGUCUUUUCUUAUUUAACCUUUAAGGCCUUUUAUUGAUUUUGUUGUUUUUUUCCUGCUCAUUUUUGUUAUUCCAUUUUAUCAUUACUAUUACCAUCAUUAUUAUUAAUAUCCUCCUUUUAUAUUUACUAUCCUGUUUCCUGCUUCAACCCCCCCUUUUUAUUAAAUUUCUUUUUCUUUCCUAUUUUGUGUUUUUAUUUUGGUCCUCACGGUCUCAUUUUAUGUUGUAGGGUUCCUGUAUUGUCUGUAUUGACUGAGCUUUUGUUUUUUAUUUGUUUUUAUGUCCAUGUUCUGUGCUUUACGACUGUUUGUCAAAGCACUUUGUAAUUUUCUGUUUUUUAAAAUGUGCUAUAAAAAUAAAGUUAUUAUUAUCUGGAAUUAAUAAAGAUAAAAAAGGUGGACUGAUCUGACACCUGCUGGUCAAACUUGGAGUUGCUUUAUUUUAAAACCUAGACACUCAAAACUCAAGAGUGGAUUACAGCUGCUAAAAGCACCAAGAGUUGUGCAUCAUUUGCCUGCUCUCUGCUCCUUCUUACUGUUUAAAGCAAAAUAUUGUUGCAAAUAUUGUUAAUGAUACUCAAGUGCAAAAAUGCCCACAAAAUUCAGCUUCAGCUCAGAGAAGAUUGUUAUAAUUUGUCAUUUUACUGUGACUGAAAUGAACGAUAAGCAUCUGAGCCCUGCUGCUCAGAGCUGCGCUGUGCACUCUCUUCCUGACUGCAUUAAACCGUGUCCACAUACAGUAUAUAGUGAUCUGCGUUUGAGAGGGACACUUCAUACCCUCCUUUCUUUCUUCAAAAUAAGUGUAUCUUUGGUUUCUCUUCUGUGUAGGUCCACCUGGCGAUGGUGCGGUACCAUGAAGCGGGUCGGUUCUGUGAGAAGGACGAGCAGUGGGAUCAGGACUCGGCCAUGUUCCACCUGGAGAGAGCGGCUCUGUGUGGUGAGCUGGAGGCCAUCAUAGCUUUAGGACAGUGUUACAUGCAGCUGCCACAUCACAUCCUGCCCGAUCUGGAGCUGGAGGUAACAAGCGCUUCUCUGCUCUCUAACUCGAUACGCUUUUAUCGGACACGUCGGUGUUUGUCUGACGUUACUCUGUUGACGGCAGGAUAACGCAGGAAACAGGAUGAAAGGCUUUAAGUAUCUCCUGCUGGCCGCUGAAGCGGGAGACAGAUUAUGUAUGAUCACUGUGGCCAGAGCCUUCGACACCGGACUCAACCUUCCAGCUGACAGGUCAGUGAAACAGUUCUGGUGUGACACUCAGGGUAACACUGCCCCCUUGUGGGUUAUCUAGAGGCUUGCACCAAAGAAAUCGAUGAAGGUUUUCAUUGUUUCAUUGAUCCAGAAAGCAGAACUGGGAAGAGGCGAUCCACUGGUACGACAGCGUUUUGAACAUGACGGACUACGAUGAGGGAGGAGAGUUUGAUGGGACCCAAGACGAGCCUCGUUACCUCCUGCUGGCCAGAGAGGCGGAGAUGUACCAGGAGGGAGGGCACAGUCUCACCGCAGACCCACAGAAAGCAGGUUUGACCUCACUUAAACUUAACAAAGCUUAUGAAAUUAACAAAACAUCGAUUAGAUCUACUUUUUCAUUAUAAUUUAUGUCUAAAUAGAGAUCUAAAAAGUGUGUCGACCAUCGGCUGACCUGCUCUCUUAUCAGUAUCAGCAUCGGCCGUCAAAAGAGUGAUUGGUUGAUCACUAAUGCACACAUAGAGGAGAAGUUCUUCUUCACUUUCUGUCCAUUCUCACACAUUUAAAAAGAAACAUCUCCAGGUCUCUCCAAGUGUUAAAAACACACAGUGCUGCUUCUGUCCUCACCUCUUUGUUUUUUGCUGCAGGUGAUUUGUUUACAGAGGCGGCGGAAGAUGCCAUGGCGGCCAUGAAAGGUCGACUGGCGAACCAAUACUAUAUGAAAGCUGAAGAAGCCUGGGCACUCAUGGAGGAGUAACUCUGGAUUCGUAUUUCUAUUUCAAAAAGGCCACGGGAGUUAGUUUGCCUGACUGUUAGCCAGGCUAGUUUACAGAUUUUUUUAAUACAGUGUGUUUUGCUAAUGGUGCUUCGUGUGUGUGUGUGAGUGUGUGCGCAGGGUUAUUUUUUUGCCCUCAAGGAUCAAUCUCACCCAUCAGCUGUCUGAUCUUUCCUGUUGUUCAUGGAGAUACUCACCCUGAUCGCUCUUUACUUUCAUUUUACAUCUCUAUUGACCCUUUUUAGCUUUUUGCUAAAUGAAUGCAUGAAAAAGAAACGCUGCAAAAUCAAAGAGAAGUGCGAAAUGUUAACUGACUUUGACCCAAAUGUUAACCAAUUUGUGUUCCAAGAAUUUAUGUAAAAAAAGAAGUUGUAAAAUAAAGUUUGAAUGAAUUUUGGGUACAAAAAAA